AUGGGUCACUCUCGAGGUCUCCGGUCCGGCACGCGCUAUGCGUUCAGUCGCGGUUUUCGCCAGAAGGGCCUGAUCCCUCUGAGCACAUACAUGAAAACAUAUCGAGUUGGAGACAUCGUCGACAUCAAAGCCAACGGCGCCGUGCAGAAGGGUAUGCCUUACAAAGUCUACCACGGCAAGACCGGCGUCGUGUACAACGUGACCAAAUCCGCCGUGGGUGUGAUCAUCUACAAGAAAGUCGGCAACCGAUACAUAGAGAAGCGAGUCAAUGUCCGUGUUGAACACAUCGCACACUCGAGAUCGAGAGAAGAAUUCCUGAACCGAGUUAAGUCCAAUGCAAAGCGCCGCCAUGAAGCCAAGGAGAAAGGCGAAUCCGUUCAACUCAAGCGUCUGCCUGUCGGCCCUAGAAAAUCGCACGUCGUCAAACUCACUGAGGUUGAAAGCCUCGCUCCCCAACCUUACGAUACACAUAUCUAA